AUGUUCCAAACAUUAAUGCGGAGGGCUGCUGCUGCUCCUAAAUUCGAUUUCGCGAGGAAUCCGUACAAGUCGAAACGUACUUGGCCGCCGGACUUUACCAAGCUCUCACAAAAACAUCAAUUCCGCCUGGAACGCCGAUACCGAAGAAGGGCAAAGCUGAAGUGGGCAAGACCGACAUGGACCAAGUUUGUCAAGCUGUCUACAUGGGCUACUAUUUCAUUUGUCGUCGUCUAUGGUGUACUGUUCAUGGAGACGGAUGAACGAGGCACUGUCUUUGACACUAUCCGAGACUACUAUGCAAGAGCGACCAAGGACAUGUUCGGCACACCGAGAAGAGAGCCACCAACCAAGCCACGUGCUACGUCUGAAGAGCAGUCUGUGUGA